AUGCAGGAAAUAAAAUUUGAGACUCCUGUGACAAUAAUUGGAUUUUGUGUGAGUCAGGGAGCAGAACAGAAGCGCCGCAGUCAGCGGAGCCCAACUGUGUUUGCGAUUAGAGGGAGCUGCGGAGUCCGGCCCUUGACUUCCGAUGAGGAACGAGGCAGGACACGCGUCGUGGGUGGCAAAAAUGCUGAGGUUGGGGCCUGGCCCUGGCUUGUCAGCAUCCAGGAUCCCUCGGUUUCAGGCACAGGGCAUCUGUGCGGAGGGUCCCUCAUCAGUACACGGUGGGUCCUCACGGCUGCUCACUGUUUUGCUGAGUCCAGGAACAUCAGCGCCAUGCGCCUGCUGAUCGGUGUCACCCAGCUGACAGAGCCAGGCCCUGAGGCCCAGGUGCGCCUGAUUAAGCGGCUGCUGAUUCACAACGAAUACGAUCCUGCUGACCAGAGCAACGACAUUGCACUGCUGGAAAUGAGCGAGCCUGUCCAGUGCAACUCCCACAUCCAGCUGGUGUGUGUGCCCAAAGCCACGCUGAACGUGGCACAGCUGGAUACCUGCUAUGUCGCUGGCUGGGGUGCUACCACUGCAAGAUCUCAACAAUCCAGCGAUAUCCUGCAGGAGGCCAAGGUCCACCUUAUCAAUGUCCAGAUCUGCAAUAGCAGUGAGUGGUACCAGGGGGACGUCCAUACCCACAACUUGUGUGCUGGCUACCCGGAGGGUGGCAUCGACACCUGCCAGGGUGACAGCGGGGGUCCACUCAUGUGCAAAGACAAGGACGCUGACUUCUUCUGGGUUGUCGGAAUAACCAGCUGGGGCAGAGGCUGCGCCAGGGCGAAACGGCCUGGAAUAUACACUUCUGUUCGGCACUUCUAUGACUGGAUUGUGCUCCAGAUGGAAAUGGUCCCACAGUCAUGGAAUCCUUAUCCAACCGCCUCACCACCCUGGACUCAUCCUACAAAUGCCCCAUGGCCCACUCAGAAGCCAUGGACGAGACCACCUACCACUCAGAUGCCAUGGACGAGACCACCUACCACUCAGAAGCCAUGGACAAGACCACCUACCACUCAGAUGCCAUGGACGAGACCACCUACCACUCAGAUGCCAUGGACAAGACCACCUACCACUCAGAUGCCAUGGACGAGACCACCUACCACGCAGAUGCCAUGGACAAGACCACCUACCACUUAUAACCCAUGGCCAACAACACUGCCCACUCCAAAGCCAUGGCCAACAACACUGCCCACUUCAAAGCCAUGGCCAACAGCACCACCUGCUCCAAAUCCAUGGCCAACAACACUGCCCACUCCAAAGCCAUGGCCAACAACCAUGCCCACUCCAAAGCCAAGUUCGUUACCCACACCAGUGGAAGAGAAUAAUAACUGCCCAUAUCCACUCAAGAAGCUGAUCGAAUUCUUCACUGAGAUACAGAAGCUUCUGAAGAACCUACGGGGGAUUCCAGUUUGAGCAGGAGAAUGGACAGGAUCCAGUGCAGGUUGCAUGGGACCGUGACUGUUUCCUGCUGAGGCAAUGCCUGCUGAUCCAAAGGCUGCCUCAGUGCUGAAGGCCUGCUCUGUCCUGCCCACAUUUCUCCUCUACAUGCACGCAAGUGCUAAUGUUGACUUAGUUGCUGAAAUAAAGUUGUCUGUGUUUGUGGUUAACCAUGCUUUCAGUCCAGUUUGGUCUCCUGGGCAAGGCAAGAACUUCCUUGUCCAGGACCUGCAAAAGGAGGCUGCCUCAGAGCACUUGGGCACAAAGGGAGUCACUCUAAAGGGCUGGAACUGUCUAGUCAGACAGAAGAGUGCUCAGAGCCAUCACAGGAUGAAGACUGGUGCAUCAAGGCUAGGAAUAGGACAGGAGACAAUGCCACAUGCAGACACCUUGGGGAGGGACACUUUGAGGCACACAAGCUGGUGACUAGGGCCUGGCAAAAGCCUGAGCUGAUGGAGCAGACCUGGGAAGCUCCUGAGCAUGACAAGCAAAAUUUCUGACUGUCACAAAGGCAGGGAGAAGCUGAAAGGAGCUACAGUGCCCUAAGGAAGAGAAAGAUUUCAGAGGUAGCAAAGGGACAUUGGUGUGUGAGGUGGCCACACUUCAGAGAUGUUUGAAGAAAGAGUUGGAGUCAUUCUGGGGAGGAGAACCUGGUAGGAGCAGAAGGACCCAGGAAACUGCAUCUGCAUUGCCAUGGAAG